CCGGCCCGCCCCGGCCAUGGCGGCGCGGCUGUGGCGGCUUUGCAAUGUCUUCAUGGCUGCCUUCUUCGGGCUGGCGGCCGCCGUGCAGGUGAACGACCCCGACGCGGGGCUGUGGAUGGUUGUCUACUUAGUGCCAGCUGCCCUGACACUGCUUGUCAGCAUCAACCCUUCAGUAACAGAUAAUGAUGUUUGGAGGAGCCUCUGUGACCUUCAUUCUGUGGUCUGUGUUGUUGGGACCAUUGCCUUGGCUUACUCUUUGUUUGCUUAUGCCCAAGGAAACAUUUUUCACGAAGAGGAAGGCAGAGAAUUGUUUGGUCUGGUGAUUAUUACAGUAUGGAUGAGUCUUUGUCGCAGUUCAGCAAAGAGUCCCCUGAGAGGAGUUCACUUGGUUGCUGCAGUCGUUGUUGCCCUCUUCCCCUUUGUUUCGUGGCUGUACAUUUAUGUGAACAAAGACAUGCGAGAAUCUUGGCCAACACACUGCAAAACGGUGAUUUAAUUGGGUGGGAGAAAGACUACAGUAACUAUGCUGUCCUUACUUGCCUUUGUUUUUGGUGCUUAAUGAAAGGUUAGUGUCAGUUUGAUAGGACCAAAGAACACCUGGCUGCUUCCAGCAGUGCUACUUGAGAUUUAGUAAGAUGUUGAGGAACACUGUCAAAUCUGAGUGGGGAAUUUUUCUAUGGAAACCGCUGUUCAGCUGGCUGCUGCUUACAUUUUCCAAGCACCAUUGAUCCAAUGUGUGCUCUAAUGGUAUAUUCAAGAUAUCAUCACAUCCCUGGAUCACUCUCCAAUCACCUCAUACUUUGGGAAAUCUACCAUUCUGUAACAUAAGGGACAAGUAAAGCAAAAAAUAUUUUAAUAAAUUACUAUUUACAACCAUGGAACUUUCAAAUAUGUGCCUGGAUAAUCCAUUUCAGACGUCCUGGAAAAUUGAGCAGUCUGUAUUUCUGUCCUAAGUAGAAUAUAGCUGAAAAAAUAA